CAUCGGCUGUGCAAAAAUGGGAAGUGGAAAAACAGCAGCAUUUGUUCUCCCAGUGCUGCAGAAGUUGUCUGAGGACCCUUAUGGUGUUUUCUGUUUGGUGUUAACACCCACAAGAGAGCUUGCUUACCAGAUUGCAGAACAGUUCCGAGCGUUAGGCAAGCUAGGCUUAAAAGAUUGUAUCAUUGUGGGAGGAAUGGACAUGGUCACUCAGGGCUUGGAGUCGUCAAAAAAGCCACAUGUUGUUGUGGCCACACUGGGACGACUUGCUGAUCACAUCCGAAGCUCUGACACAAUUAGCCUGAACAGAAUCCAGUUUCUAAUCCUGGAUGAAGCCGACCGUCUUUUAGAGCAAGGCUGCACAGAUUUCACUAAAGAUCUAGAGGUCAUCCUCAGUGCUGUGCCCGCAAAACGCCAGACGCUGCUGUUCAGCGCCACACUCACAGACACGCUGCUGCAGUUGCAGAGCAUCGCCUUGAACAGACCCUUCUUCUGGGAGCACAAAUCAGCAGUGUGGAGGGUCGAAGAACUGAAUCAGAGAUUCAUCCUCACUCCUGAGAAAGUCAAAGAUGCUUACCUGGUCCAUCUCAUCCAAAAGUUCCAGGAUGAACAUGAUGAUUGGUCUAUCGUGAUAUUCACUAACACAUGCAAGAACUGUCAGAUACUAACAACGAUGCUGCGCCAAUUCAAUUUCCCAACCAUCUCCCUGCACUCAAUGAUGAAGCAGAGACAGCGUUUUGCCAACCUUGCAAAGUUCAAGUCUAACGUCUUUAAAAUUCUCAUAGCCACAGAUGUUGCUGCAAGGGGUUUGGAUAUUCCUACGGUGCAAGUUGUUAUCAAUCACAACUCACCGGGUUUGCCAAAAAUCUACAUCCACCGAGAGCAACGUUGA